UUUUGAAGUCGUGUCGUAAGUCGUUUCUGUAAUCUGUUGCAAUUUGAAAUAAGCUUCAGCCUAACUUCAUAAGUUCAGCCUUUUAUAAUUUGUAAACAUUGCUGGUAAACACAAGACGAAUAAACUGAUUUGAGUACUCAGUUAAUUUAUCCAAUACAUAAUAAUUGUAAUUCGAGGCAUAAAGUUUUCUAUAAAAAUGCCGCGAAAAAAAGCAGCCUCUACGAAAGUCAUUCAAGAAAGCAUUUCUAAUCAUGAAAAGGAUAAUAAAAUUGAAAUUAAACUUGAAAAUAAUGAAAAUUCUGAUAAAAAACUGAGUCAGAAUUUGGAAAAAUUUAAGUUUGAAAAGAAACCUCAUGUUAAAAUUGAAUUCGAAAAAGAAUCCCCUACAAAAGAGGAAAAAGGAUUGUGGGAGCCACCUCAUUGGAGAGAAUUUCUUGUUAAUCUACGUAACAUGAGAGCUAAUAAUGAUGCUCCAGUUGACUCCAUGGGCUGUCAUAUGUGUAUGGAUGAAAAUGCCCCACCUAAGGUGAUUAGGUAUCAAUCACUUAUAUCUUUGAUGCUAUCAAGUCAGACCAAGGAUCAAGUGACAUUUGCUGCUAUGGAACGGCUCCGUAAGAGAGGUUUAACUGUAGACAGUGUACUUGCGAUGAGCGAUGAGGAAUUGGGAAAGUUAAUAUAUCCAGUCGGUUUUUGGAAGACAAAAGUAAAAUACAUAAAGAAAACAACCCAAACUCUCAAAGAGCAAUAUGAUGGAGAUAUUCCUGAUUCAGUAGACAAGCUUUGCAAGUUGACUGGGGUUGGACCGAAGAUGGCGCACAUUUGCAUGAAGGUUGCUUGGGACAAAAUCACUGGUAUUGGUGUAGACACGCAUGUACACAGGAUAAGUAACAGAAUAGGGUGGGUAAAGAAGCCUACACCUACACCUGAAGACACAAGAAAGGCCUUGCAGUCUUGGCUGCCGUUCGAACUAUGGAGUGAAGUCAACCACCUUAUGGUGGGUUUUGGACAAACAAUAUGCCUACCAGUUGGUCCCAAUUGUGAUGAAUGCUUAAACAAUGAUAUUUGCCCUUCAAAGCAUCUUGCUAGAAAAUCUCCAAAGAAGACACCAACUAAAGUCAAAGAUGAGAAUAUAAUUGUAAAAGAAGAACCCACAUCAGAUAAUGAAGGAACAUCCAAGUUAAAUGUAGACAAUAUUGUGCCCAAAGUGUCACCAAAUAAAUUAGCUGUGAAAACAGAAGCGAAAUCGCCUCUUAAAAGGAAAGCGGUUAAAAAUUUAAAGGAAGACUUAAAAGAAACAGAUAAACUGGCUGAACCUAAACAAAGAAAAGUCAGAAAUGGAAAUAAAAAUAUGGAAUUAGAUGUUAAUGCGGAUGAUAAAAAGUCUUUAACAAAAAGGAAGUCACCCAGAGUUAAGAAUGUUAAGGAAUCAUAGAAUUGUAUUUGUAAAAAAGUAUGCAAGAUUAAAAAUAAUGUUACAAAACUUGAUUGUCUCAAUUUUAAAGUGCAUGUUAUAUGUAACAACAAUAAAGUAAGGAUGUACUUUAAGAGAUUUAGUAAUUUCGUAUACAUGCAGUAGAUUCUUUUGAGGAUAAAAAGAUGUAAAUCUGGCUUUAUAUCCAAUGAGUUUGCUUGUACGCUAACUUAACCGUGUGUAACAAGCAAAAAUUGCAUAAAAUUGUUUAAUAAAUACUCUCCUACUUUUAAGAUUGAUUUAAAUUCAGCUCAGUAAAUCAUUCAUCCAAAUUUUAUUUUUAAUCACUGUCUUUACAAUACAUUAUAAUAAUACUUUAAAAGAAAAAUAUAAUAUGUUUUAUGAUUAUGAUUUUUGUUGAAUUUAGUUAGAAAUACUUUUUGAUUGUUUGUAUUUCAUUUGGUUAGUAAUUGUUUAAGGUUUAAACAGUUAAGUUCGAUGGUUUUGGCAAUGGUUAGGUAGGUACAAUCAAGUAUUGUGAUAUUUUUGUUGUUUGUAUUUUAUGAGUAAGUACUUUGCAAGUAUUUUAAUUAUUUGAUAUGAUGAUUUACCUCAUUUGUUAUAAGUUGAUUUGUAAGAAAUACAAUACUGGAUUAAAAUAUUCCAUUUA